ACCUACUGCGCAUUAACCAGUACCUGGCACAGUAACGAAACAACAAGAAACGAGUGCGAAGUAAUCAUACGGUCUAUAUAACCUCGUGAUAUCUGAGAGAUAUUGGAUAUUAGAUUUCUACCACUUGAGAUCCAUGAUAUCCUGAUCUUGAUCAAAAGUUUGAACUUCACUUCCGUUAUUUUAGUCGUACAUUAUCGAAAUUAUGUUUUCACAAUCAUCCUCACUGAUGCUUUUAGUUGGAGCCAAUAAUUAGCUUCGUCUGUCUUAAUUUUGAUUGGUCGAUCAAGGCCGUCGGUAUAGUAGUUAAGGCUACUUAUUUGAAUAAAAGGUUGGAGGAUGAAUGUUCUGAAGACUCUAUAUUGGUGUGGUGGUAAAGAUGGGAAUAAACCAUAUGAUUCGCCUGUUGAACUUCAACACGGUAGUGGUGUUCCUGGUCUGUCUAUCGUGACUACUGAAGCAGACUACUGUGCUCUUAAGUGUGAUUUGGUUGAUUUGCUGUUGACAUUACUUGUUGAUGAAUUUGAUCCUACAAACAGAAAGUUGUUGGGUGUACUGAUUGACAAAUGCGUUGAGAAGGAUCCCGAAUUCAUACUCAAGAUCGCUCUUCAUUUUCAUAAACUGUUGAAUAUUCGAAAGACAGCCAAUUUUUUAAUUUCGAUAGCUUGCUUUUAUGCUCAGUGCCGCGUUUUCAUAAAGAAGUAUUUUAAUGCAUGCAUUUGUACACCCUUCGAUUGGAUAGAAGUUGCAGAGUGCUAUGCAUCGUUGAGCGGUGAUCCGAAACUUAGAGGAAUGCCAAAAGCAUUAAGAAAGUGUAUGGUCUCAAAGUUUUGUGAAUUUGAUCAGAAUCAGUUAGCUCAAUGCAAGCGAAGGCUGAGUAGUGCCUGUUCUUAUCGGUGCAAGGUCAGUGGACGAGGUGCAGGUGAUGCCGCAGUGGAUGCCGUAACAGACACUUUACAAUCAAGGCUAGUGGAUCCUUCUCCGAUUCAUUUUACAUUGAAAGAACUCGUUCGUAAGUUGCACAUAUCGAAGCCUGCAUUAAACGUCAUGUGUAUUCUUGGAAAAUUGUAUCCCAGUGAUGUUACUGCCUUUUCAAAAACGGGGUUAGAAGGGGAUUGGGAUGCUAGUAAAGCUGGUGCGUGCAUGAAACUCCCCGUUCACCCAAAAUGGAAAGUAGAGUUAGCUUCUGGCAAAAGUCGUGAUGCUUGGAUAAAGAUUAUAAUGUCUGGUGAUCUUUGUCAUGAAUUAAUUCUGAGAAAUCUAAAAAGUAUCCUAUGCUCACGCAUUUCUCAAACUGGACAUGAUAUUGUUUUACAGAGAUUGUCAGAUGCGGAAUUGGUCAUUGAAGGAAAACAGUUACCAUUUGUUUACCUUACAGCGUAUAUCACCGUUGAGAAACUUCAUGAUAUGCUGUCUAUGACUGCAAAUCGUAAACGUUUAAAAGACAUGCGUUUACAAGAAAGCAACAAAAUUCGAUCGAAGUACCUAUAUAGAUCCAGGAGGUCUAGAGUAAGAUCUUUGAACAUUAAUAAGGGGCUAUUGAACAAAUACCUAUUGGCUUUAACUAAAGCUAUGAGCUUGUCAACUCGUUACAAUUUGUCUCCUAUACGUUGUUCAGUUUUGGUUAUUUGUUCUUUAUGCUCAGGAUUUGAGCUUCAAAAAAUUAGGAGAUCUACUAGAGUGAAAGCUAUCAUAAAUGUGUUAAGCUUUAUUUAUGGUGCAAUAUGUAAUGCUAUAUGUGAGAAUGCAGUCGUUUAUUUUGUAGUGGAUAACGACUACAAUGUCGCUUCCAUAAAUAGAAUGCUAUUACUAUUAUAUAGUUCACUGUGGCACACAGAGGAAAAUAAAAAGGACACAUCAUUGUUUCGAUCACCCAACCCACCAUUAAUGGAUAAAAUAAAACUGAUUUACAAAAAUCGUAAAUUGUGGGAAAGUUACUCCUUAUCAUUAACACUGGAUAGGUUUAGUGCAUUUCGCAGAAAGUUUGAUAAGGUCAUUGUAUUUGGAGAUUGCCCUGAUAGUAUUGCAAAAUAUGUUGUGAAUUACCGAGCAAACAUUGGUCCUAUCAAGGCUAUUUGGAACAAUCUUAGUGGGAACGAUAAAUGGUGCACUUCAUUCCCAAUGACGGGAUGGAUUGAAUCGAAAGGAUUAGUAGAUAAUAUUUUCAAAUAUUUAUCGUUACCGGAUGACAAAUGUUUAGUAGAACAAAUCGAUAAAAUUGAUGAAACUUACAAACUGAAUUCCAUGUUUGACCUACCUCUUCAAAUGAACCUAUCAAGUGAACAACAAGGUCACAAUAAACUUUCUCAAAUAAAAUCAUCUCAAGAGAGUUUCUGCCGCGUGUAUAUAUCAUCAUCUUACAUUGACAUGCAUGCGGAACAUAAUCUGAUUUACCAUACUUUAGUGCCAAAUUUGUGUCAAAAUGUUGCACAAACGUGCAGUACUUGCCUUGAUCUAGUUGAUCUACGUAUUGGUGUUCCUCAAUCAAUCACCUGUAGUCUCAUAGCUUUGGAAAUGUAUUUGAAACAAGCAGCAGCCUCUGAUAUAUUUAUCCUGUUAUUGGGUGAUAAAUAUGGUUGGGUUCCUGAUGAAUCGUUAGUUAGAGCAUUGCCUGAUUCACUUCUAGCUGAAGUCAAUAAAUUUUACAAGCCUGGAAUGUCUGUCACAGAAAUGGAAUAUCAUAUGGUGAAACUAGUUGCCGUAAAUAAAUUGUCCAGAUCAAGUUUCAACAUGUUUCCUUCUACAGUGUUCGUAUUCAUUCGAGAUUUUAAUACAAGUGACAUACCGAAUGAAUAUGGACAAAUAUUUCGUGAUCACGAUCCAGUCAAUCUUCAACACCUCGAUGCGUUCAAACAACUCUUACUGAAUGAUGGAGUUUCUAUCCUCAGUUAUUCUGCUCGAUUCAUUGGUGUAAUUGAUGACCGUCCGAUGAUGGGAAAUCUAGAUAACUUUGCAAAUCAAUUUAUAUCAACACUAGAAUCAACGCUUAAGAGAUUAUAUUGCAACCCCGUAAAUGACGCUAUUAAGUCGCCAAUGGUUACGUCGUCUGAUGAUAAUGAUGAAUUGAUAGAUAUUUCAGAAUGUUUUGCAACUUACGUAAAUCCAAUAGCUUGUAAUAUAUCACCACGACAUUUGUUAAAUAUACAACAUGCCUUUAAAACAAUGAUUGGAAAAUGUGUUGCGACGUAUUUCAUUGGCCAACAUACAAAAUCUGAUGAAUCUUCAAAUACAACUUCUAAGAACGUGAGAAUUGAAGAUAGAACCUCAAAUGAUCAAAACGAAAAUGGAGGGAUUUUAGUCAUUACUGGAAGUCCUGGAAGUGGAAAAACUGUUCAUCUGGCUGCAUUAGCAAUGUCGUUGGCUACAAGUGAUCAUCAUUCUAGUUUGAUGAGCUCGAAAGAUUAUACUCGAUCAACAAGUACCACACGGAAAUCAAUGUCAAACAGUCAAUCAUUGGCAAAGUAUCAAAUUUUAAUUCAUUUUACAAAUGGUAUACCGAGUACAGGUUUACCAUCAUGUAAACAAUUGUCUAAAGUGCUUGAUCAUUGGAUCAAAUGUCUAGCUGCCCAAUUACAGAGUUUAUUCAGUUCAUCAAAUAUUCUUAAAAUGUUUCUUUCGAAGAUCAAAGUUAAUUUGGAUAGCACAAAUACAGCAAACGAUCACCAUAAUCUGAAAUUGAAAAUGCUUUGUUUUAAUAAAAUGAUAUGGUUUUUGGGUUGCAUACCUGGGUUGAAUUAUGCUUUUCUAAUUGAUGAUGUAGACUAUCUUGAUCCGUUGAUAUUAGAUGACUGGCUACCAUCGGUCUUACCAAAAAAUGUUCAGUUUAUUUUCACAUGUCAUUCUAAUUCGGAAAUCAUACAAAAAUUAACAUGUCAAUAUAACAAAAACACUUGUUCAGUGUAUCAGAUACCUCAGUUGACUUCCGAAGAAUCUCGUGCUGUUAUAUUAUCUCAUUUACGUAGUAAUGGAGUGUCUUGUGUUAAUUCUCAAUCGGAAUAUGAGAUCGCUUUACUAAUUUCAGCUUGUGAGUCAAAUAAUCCAUCGUAUUUCGAUAUGGUUUGCAAAUAUCUACAAUUAUGUGGAAGUCGUGAUGAGGUGAAAUCUCAUCUGAAAAUGUUAUCUGGCACAAUUGAUCAGUUAAUAGAUGAGAUCAUUAAAAAUCUUGAAGUUGAAUAUAAAAAUGACUUGAUUAUUGCAACACUGGGUUUUUUAAUCUUCUGUCGUCACUCAUUGUCAAGUAAAGAACUUUUAAUUCUACUCAAUGAAUGGCUUUUUACUACACAAAAUAUCAAUGAAAAAUAUGAAAUGAAUUGGGAGAAUAAUCCAUGGAAAAUGCUUUCAGUCAUACAGGAUAAACCGAAUGAUUUAGAAUCUAUAUGUACACUUGAAAGUAACAUUGACAGAUUUAUUCUGUCAAAAUGUACAAACAAUUUGUGUGCUUUAGACAAAUCAAAGCAAUUACAUUUAACUCCAUUUGCAUUUCAUAUUCUUCUCAGUAGAUUACGUCCGUUAAUGAUUAUUUUCAAUAAAUCAUUGCAUUGUUUCAAUAGCACAUCCAAUGGUAGUAAUAAUAAUAAUAGUAAUGUUAUUUCAACUGAAAAGAUGACAUUGAAUGGGAAAAUUGAAUUAUGGAAUUUAGGUGCAGAGAAUUUAUCAUUUCUAAGUCACUCGAUUGAAGAAGUAGUAUUCAAUAAAUUUUUGAAAAUCAUGGAAAUUAUAUGUACUCAGAGUAUACUUUUAAUGCUACUAUUCACAAAAUAUUGGCUGUUGUUUUGUCAGAUUUGGAUGAUAAACUAUAUCAUUUUGUAAGUCGAUUUUGACUGUAAUCACACACCGUGUAUGUUCACUGUUGAAGAGCUUCAUAGUGCGAUGAAAUAACUGUUCAAUGCUUCUUAGUUUUUCAUUGGUUGUUUAAGGUUGAUCAGUUGAUGAUGGCAAGCAUCAAAUUACUUUGUGCUAUGUGUGUUAUGAAGAAAAAUGUGAUUGAUGUUUGAGGUAGUUAAGCUGAAAAUUUAGCCAUAAACCUAAUACUUGAAGCGUAAUUGAAUAGAUUGAAGAAGGGAGAGUUUUAGUGACACGAGUGAAUGUGUAUUGUACAAUCAAAUCUGUCAUUCAUAUUCAUAAUAUUCAAUGAAGAUAUUACAAUUUAUUACACACCGAAUAACUUAUUAUUGGUGAUAAUGCAGUUCACAAAUCAACAACUCACCUUUCGAUUUUAUUUCUCAGAUCAACAUGAAACCAUUGAUGCUGUAGAAUGUAUGACUGUUUUCUGAAUUCUAUUGAAAAUUGUUUCAAAUGUUAAUUUCCAAUUACAAGAGAACUUAGUGAUAAGUUUACUGGUUUUGGGUAAUAUUUGGCUAUAAUCUGUAACCCAUAUGAAAGAUUGAAUGUUAUAAUUUCUACUUCAGACUUUUUAGUUGACAGUUCAGUUAGCUGAGUGUAAUGACAAAGUACAUAGUUGACUGAAAUUCUGGAGUCUACACAAUGUUCAUAGAGUGCUAGACCAUUAAGAAACACAGCGUUGAUGGUCAGUUAACUGUUGUCCUCAUAUGUUUUUUGAUUGAAGUACCAUAAAGUGAAGUCGAUGUGACAUCUAUCAUGGAGACUCUUUAUCAGAGCUUUGUAAACGUUGGUUGAACACUGAACAUGUUUUCCUCCAUCGUUUUAUUGUUUUGGAAGUUCCGAUAUUGAAAUGGAUCAAUGAUUCCUUAAAUGUAUGUAGAUGUAUGUAUUGAGCAUGAUAGAUUAAUGUAUGAUGAAUGAAAUGUGAAAACAUUGAAUUCUGUUUUGAAUAGGAUGUUGUGACGACUAAUUGUUGACAAGUUAAAAGCUGUGCUGAAACAACAGUAGUUGUUCACUUCCUGAUUCUUUGUUUAUGCCUUGUUCGUAAUGUUUUGUGUUUUUCUUUUCAAGUUGUAUGCUGAUGAAUUGGAUAUUAUUUGUCAUUUGCUCACAAGUCCCAUGUUUAUAUGCAGAAUCUUAAGUGAAUAUCCGUCAACAUUGAUGAGAUUUCUCAAUGGAUAUCCUACGACUGAUCGAUGUAUACAAGAAAAGUGGAAAAGCAAACUGGAAUUAUGUCCUUUUAUUGACAAAAUUGAUGCGAUGAAAACGUUUGUUUGUGUAAACUAUGAAUUUUUAGUAAAAUAUCCAAAUUCAUUUUGUGAAUUAGCUAUCAACCAAGAUUCCAGUGAAUGGAUCCAUACGUUAGGCCUCUCAUUGUUGUAUCUUAAUGAUUUUGGUAUAAAAAGGCAAUUAGACAUGAACAAUAGUCAAAUACUCUUCCGUGUAAAUUCACCAAAAUGCACAUUGAUCAAACCUAUGCAGAGGAAUAUGACAUAUAAACCAAUUGUGACUUCAAAUGGUUCCAUGGAUGUGCCAACGUCUGUGGAAAUGAAUCCAACUGCUAAAGUAUUGGUGUAUGGAACUAGGUGUGGUACGAUUACUUUCGUAGAAUUGUCCACUAUGCGUGAACUGUGGUCAUUAACUGGACACCGUUCAAGCGUUCAAAGUUUAUGUUUCCUUGACGGAUUUCCCAGUAAACCUGAAAACAUAAAAUCUCCCGAAAAGUUCAUUUCAGAACUUCGGUUAAUGAGUGCCUCAGAAGAUGGUGAUGUUUAUAUCUGGGAUGCGUCUACCGUGAUUCACAAUGUUGAAUCUAAAGUGCAUGACAAAACAGUGAUUUCACAAUUGGCAUCGUUAUGUGGAUAUCAUCGUCGAUGUGUAACUACUUCUGCAUGGCAUCCUAGACGUCGACUGGUUGCUACCGGUGAUUUAGACUGUAUGGUUUACUUAUGGGAUGUUUCAGAAAUUGGUGUUAAAUCCAGUGAUCUAUCGACAAGUGUCUGUUCUGUAAGGCUUCAUCCAGUUAAGUCAAUAAAUGUAUCCAGUUAUCCGAUUAUUUCAAUUGCAUUCCGAUUGCCAUCUGUUUUAAGCAAUGAACAAGAAGACCUAAUACAUGAUGAUUUGGCUAUUGGGUGUUGGGAUGGUACAAUACAUUUCUACAAUUUAUCUUCCUUAUCUAUCGUGAGGUCGCUAUCUGCAUCAACGUCACUCUGUUCACUCGCCUACUCACCAAAUGGAGGGAAUAUAUUAGCAACGUUUGAUAAAGAUGGUGUAUUAAUGCUGUGGAACGAUGACAUACUUUGGUAUCAAGGUGGUUUAAUACAAGAAUACUCUUGUUUUACAAUUGAAUAUUUUCCAUAUGAUCAAACUGAUCAAUUAAUUCCAAACCAAUAUGGGAAGAUAUGCUUUUCGAAACCAAAUGGUCAGUAUAUUUUCCAGUCAGGUGGUGGCCAAUUUUUGAAUAAUUACAUUAAUAUAUGGGAUACUAGACUAUGGGGAACCUUUGGUCCAUGGAUUGAUGUAAAACCACCUCAAAUAGGUUCAGGAAAUCCUAUAUGUGUAACUUGUUUGACAAUAUUGCCUACUUACGAACAUGUUUUAAUAGGUUGGAGUAAUGGCGAUCUGACUGUUAUUCGUGUGUUUGACGGUAGAUUAAUUCAUUAUUUGAAAGCAGCAACAGAAGAUAAUUCAUCUAUCCAGUGUAUUACAAGUAGUUGUGCAAGAUCUUUUUCAGCAUUUGAUGCAUAUCAUAUUAUUGUUGGUUAUGCAUCUGGCGCUGUACGAAUAUUUCUAUGCAUUUUAAGACCAAAUGUUAGUUCACACAAAGAUCGUUGUGUGUAUCAGUCGGCAAAUGCCAUGUCAGAGCUUCAAUUCCAACUCAUUGAUACUUUAUGGUCACAUUGUAUAAAUCAUAAUGUGAAUGGUGGAGUGCCGGAAAAUGGAGGGACAUUAUGUGUUGCAAGUGACUUCUGUGUAGCUGUUACUGGAGGUGGGAAUGCUGAGACAUGGGUUCAUUUUAUUGGUCGACAAACUGGUAGUAAAAUUAAGAAGUCUGUUUGCCUGAAAGAACACAAUUCUGCAGUAAUCGCUGUUAGUAUGGAUAGCAAAUUUUUUGCGACAGCUUCUAAAAGCAGACAAUUGGCGUUGUAUAAAUUCGAUCCAUUAGAACGAACUGUAACCUUAUGGCAUUUAAUCGAUGAUGUUGGAACGGCUACAAUCACUUCUUUCUACUUAUUACGUAUGUUCCUUGGUGUGGACACAAUCAGUAUAUCGGUGUAUAUUGGUGAUAGUAAUAGUCUACUGCAUAAUUACGCAAUAAUUGAUAAAAAGUUCGAAUUGAAACAAACAUUUGAUGCAAAUAAAUCUCCUAUAAAAUUUAUGGAACGUGUUUCAAAUCAUUUGUUAGCUGCUUCGGAUGAUGGUGAAGUUAGCGUCUGGAAGCAUGAUAAACAUGGUGCUCUGCAAUUCUCCCACCGUCUCAAUGUCUGCACAGAUAUGCCGUCAAAGAAUAAUAGUAAUAAUAGCACUUUGGAAGAAUCAUAUUAUUUGACCAGCUUUUUCAUGUUCUUCUUUGGUUAUGAUUCCCUGAAAUUUGAACGAAAACUAUGCAGUCCAACUAUUGAAACGAUCGACAAAUUGAUGUUAUCCAAUGCUGAUAACCAACAUACUGAAUCUGAUGAUGAAAUGAAGGAUCCGGAUUCUGAGGUUACUUCACUUAGUGGAUGUUGCAUGUCAAACAGUAAUAGUUAUGUAACAGGUUCUGAUCAAAAAAUUUAUGAAUGUGGUUACAAAAUACAUAUUGAUAUUGAAGAGGAAAAUAAAACAUAUUUUAUUGCUACUGAUUAUCUAAAAGAUGAACAAUUUCAUUUGUUGAAUUCAUGUAAAAAAGGAUACAUAGUUUAUCGAGAUACAUCAUAUGAUGCAACGUAUCGUUUAUUAUAUGGUGUUAGAUUAUCAUGCAAUAAAUCGUCUGAUUGCUCACAAGUUAUUCAGGAUUUUCGUUAUCGAAUAUUUGCACCAUUCAUUCUACAAUAUCGUGGUACAUUGAAAGGACACUCAGGUCUUGUUCCAUGUACACUGACCUCUGGAUGUACCACUAAUAGUGAUGAAGAUUGUAUAGUUGCCAGUGCAUCUGGUCGAACUGUGUGUGAUGUCGGUUGUGAUAUUCGUCUUUGGAGUAUACCUUCGAAAAGGAAACUAUUGAAUUAUCAACCAAAUCAACAUUUUGGACCGAUCACAUGUUUGGGCCAAUUAAAAAUUACAGAUCACUACAGUAUCUGUAUAUCAGGUUGUAUGGAUGGGAGUGUAAUGUUUUGGUCACUUAAGAAUUCCGAGCCGUUGGAUCUUAAACAUGUGUCAGUUGCAGACUUGACAAAUAACAAGUCUAUAAAAUGGAAACCGUUAUUACAUGGAUUUUGUUCAGCGUUACGACCAAAAUAUGCAAUAUCCGAUAUUGCUACACAAACUUAUGUGAUGGAUGAAUCGAAACGAACAGUGCAAUAUUUGAUUUAUAUUGCUUACGGUGAAAACUUAUGGAGAAUGCGAAUUAUAUUGGAUCAGUCGAAUAUGUCUAUGAAUGAUGUACAAAAUACUUUUGAACGAUUGUUCUCUAUGAAUGGGAAAACAGAACUCCAUUUUGCAGAAUUAGAUGUAUUCUGGUCAUCUGAAUUAGAUAUUCCUUGUUCUGAUAUUGCUAGCUUCACUGCAAGUCAUCCUAUUGUAAAAAUAUCUCCACGUUAUGCUAAACCUAAUGAAUUGGAACAAUGUGAAGUUAUUGCUGUCCUCGUCAAUGGUGAUGUAAUUGUUUUGACGACUAAUGAACAUGAAAAGUUUUCAUUUGAUCAAUGUAUUGUAGAAAAUGGUUUAUGGUGCUCAUCUAUAGGUACGAAUGUUGUUGGAGUUUUCACCACACGUUCAGGCAUGGCUUUUAUAUGUAGACACACUGAUGAAGUAAGCAUUGAGUUGAUUUAUUCGCAUAAGUGCUAUGUAUAUGGUUGGUUUCUAAUACAUCUGACAUUAACUGUUACUGACUUGUUGGGCGCUUCUUAUAACGUCAGAUUACUUCUACAUUUGACGAAUAGAGAAAAUAAGCGAAAUACAUGCAAGAUGUUUACUUCAAGUUUAAUCUACGUAUGGGAAGUUAACUGCAUUCACAGAGUUUGAUGUGACUUUGGUGUUCUACAAACUAAUGAAAACAUUAUUAUAUGGUAAUGUAUAAUUAGCUACCCAAACAAAGCGUUGUACAUGAUCCUUCAUUUUUCCAGAUGUUUCUGAGAAGCUUCUAUUCAAUGCCGAUUUAGCAAAACAUUUUCAAACUUUUCAUGAGUUUCAAUAGACUUUGUUGAAUGAUAUUCGUUUCUCGAAUUUCCUAUUGAUGCAAAUGAGAAAUUCUUGAAAAAUGAAAUCUUCCUUGUUUCUUGACUCAUUGUAAAGUAGACACUGGAUGUGAGUUAAAAUUAUUGUUUUUUGUAAGAAAUAUGUGGGUUAUGAAUAACUGUCUUUGUGUGAUAUCGAUGAGUCGCUCUAGGAAGAGAUCUUUAUCACUCAACAUUAAUUUGUACGUAUAUGGAUAAUGAGGAUUCAUCUGUUACUACUACAAUAUAUUUUGUUGGAUAAAUGUGGUUUUAUGUUUGUCCUUAUUGGUGAGAGUUUGUCUUCUGAACAGUAAUACUAUGAAGUGCCAUAUUGUAAGCAACUGUGGUGAGUAGAACACAAUUUUCUCCUUUGAUUACACACUAAGUCACAUCGUCACUUAAACCUUUGUCGCUUCAAUCCUGCAGUAAGAGAGAGGAGCAGACUGAUCUUGACGAGAACGCUUUUUCUGUCACCAUAAGGAGUGGAGAAGCCAAUACACGUGUCCUGUUUAUGCCCAAUAUAAGUCCGUAUAGCUGGCUUUGUGCUAGAAUAUUUGUGUUCUGGUUAAUCAUAGUACACGGUCCUCCAUGCAUAGGUGGAUUGAGCACAAUUUGAACCUGUAAACAAAUGACUCAGAGUAGUAUGAAUCGCAUAUUUGUUAUUGGUGAUAAAUAACUAGAUGUAAAUUUCUUGCGAUGACUAAUACAAUUUACAGUCCUCUCAUCUGAUUGGAUGUGUAUCAUGUUUCUUACACAGUUGUGAUGUGUAUGUAAAUCACGGUUUUAUUUCCAAAAUAAUUUAUGAUACUUGUUUCCGUUGUCAUCUUUCAUGUAAAAUGCUUAAUCUUCUUUUUAGAGUCGUACAUUUCACCGUAUUUCUGGAUACAUGGGAUCAUGUGAAAAAGAAAUGUGGAUAAAUACAUUGAGUGUUUUAUCUACCGUACAAGAAGAAGGCAGUCAUUUAUUGUAUUUGGCUGAAUGUCAUCUUAUCAAUUGUUGGAAAAUUCUCAUUUGUAAUGAAAAUGGUGAUUUGGUGACAGAUUUUACACUUGAUAAUUCAUCAAUAAAAGUUACUGGAUAUUGUGCGAAGUUACUAUCACCAACUGAAGACAAUAGUUCAACAUUGAUCUAUCUUAUAAUUGCAACAUCAGAUAAUAUUUUACGUGUUCUAGGAUGUGCAAUAAACAAUCCAAUCACAGUGGUGAAUUCAAAACAGUGGAAACAGGUUGCUAUGUAUCCAGUUGAGACAGAAAUCACUCAACUUUAUACUCUUGAUGGUGAUAGUCAAUUGAAAAUUCUUGCCGGUGAUAGACAAGGACAAAUUCAUUGUUUUAUAUUAUUGUGAUAUGUACACAUACAUGCAGAUAGAGUCUGUAUGUUGUAAAACUGUUUUAUUUCUUUUGGAAAAACGUCUUCCUGUUAAUUUUGCUUUUUAUAUUUUAACAUCGAGCUAACUUCUUUCUUUCACAAUUAUUUCCUUAAUAAUAUGUGCAAAUGAAUAAUCAUGAGAUGGGAUUGUCUAAUGUCAUUUAUGGUGAUCAUUUAUUAUUAUAACCAGAUUGAAAACAUGUUAACCUGUUCUUUUAAAAUGUAUUUAUUUCAUAAAAUACUUUGUUCAUUGAGUAGUGGGUAGUGAAUUUCAAUCAGUCGAUAUGUUUCUUAACCUAUUUCGUUUAAGUGAUCGUUGGAUUAUGAUGGAGUGCAUUCUAAUCUUUUAGAAUUUCAAAAGAUAGACAAAUAGAACUGAAAGAUCUGUAUUGCACAUAAACUCGAUAUUCUAAUCAGUGAAGUGUUUUGUUUACCAUUAUCUUAAACAUUCACAAUAGACUACUAGAGAGAAAGAGAGAGUUUGUGGAUAUCAAAGUAAUUGAAUAUUGUGCUUAUUUUCUGGACUAAGUAAUAAUCAGUUCACUUUCAGAGAACAUAUCGACAAUUGUGUAGGAUGUGAUCAUCUUUGUCCCAAACUCAUUUUCUACCUAGUUAAAUAAACUAGAGCGACAUACAAACAAGGAGAGGUUACAUGGUGAGGCACAGUUGUGUAGAGAUGAAUUGACUUUUGAAAUAAUUCAGCAGAACAAGACAGAUGCUUGUUUUGAUGCAGUAGUAAUUUGUGAUAGGCGAUCAACGUUCAUGAAUGUGUAUAAUUUUCAGAUGAUUUCAUUUGCUAUCAUAAACCAAAUCACAAACCAACUAUGAUAGAUGUUCGAUUGUUAGAACUGCGUAAGCUACAUUAAUUAAAAUUAAAGACAGAUAUGCCUUCGAAAUACAGACUGAAUCAUAUCCUAAGGAUCAGUAAAAUUUCCGUAUGAAUUUUCUUUACUUUCCCAAAAAUAGUGAUACUGAGUAGAAAAAUGUAGUUAUUGUCACAUCCUCUAGUUGACUACGGCAGAAUACGACGUGUAGAACGCUACAAUCGCAAAUCAAAAGACGGAAGAAGCAAGGAAAGUGAUUAUUAGGUAAGACACAAAAAUGUACAGAAAGACAUGGGCAUUUAUGAUUAUUAGUAUUGGCUAUAACAUUAUUAUAAUCCGGCCAACCCGCAAGAAGGCGAGCUAUGCAACUGUCCAAAGGCAGCGUGCCACGUUGACAUUACAAAAGGCUCUAUCAGGUUAUUCGGUUCCUUUCGAGCCUCUGGAGGGUUCAUCGUGUUUCUCGAAGCGAUCCUAACAGUUAUCACCAUGUACGAUAAUGUCAUUUAAUAACCCAGUAAAAUACAAGUAUUUCAUCACAUAAAAAACACCGUAUUUGGUGCUCUAUCAAAACCAGAAGAUUUGUAAGUGCUACUGAGCCGACGGUUUAAUGAUGCUAAAAUAUGCUCAUAAUCUGACAUCUUACACAAGACACACUUAUGUUGAACGAAGUCAUGAAGUGCAUAUGUGAACUGAUAAGAUGUAGGCAGG